ACACACUGUUCAACUUUUCAACCACCAAUCUUUUGUUAGAUGUCUGAGGUUGCUGGGCCCUCGGAUCUUCUCCUGUCCCCCCAUGAAAUCACUAAUAUUGCUCAUCAAGUAAUCAAACCCAUGCCAUGCGAGUGGGAAGGGUGCACAGUUAUUCUCAACAGUUGGUAUAAUUUGACAAAGCAUACCUUAAGGCACUGUGAUCGCACAUCCAACAUUGAGGGACAGUACCAAUGUCGAUAUUUGAGAUGUGCUGGUCGUGUACACACCUCAAGAGAUGCACUUAAAGCACAUGUGGACCUCAGCCAUCUGUCUCGUCUUGCAAUUAGUUGUCCAGUCCGAGAUUGCGAGCGAGUUUUUCCGCGAGCAUCUCAACUCGAACUCCACUUCAAGACUGAUCAUGAAGAUCUCGUCAAUAGCCCCAUGACCAUGGCCUUUGACAGGCUCGUCGCUACUGCACCACCAUCACGACGAAUUAUGACUCAUCCUCCACCAUUGCCAUCACAGCGUCAACUACAUAAAUGGCAAUUCACUAUUCCUCUCGUCUCACUGCCACCUCACAAACCUUUUGGUCCACUCGCGCCGGUGGCACCGAUUUCCCGAAAAUGGAGACGAUUAGACGCACCAGACGAGGAUGACUCAGAUUCGAACCGCAUCAUUCCACUCGAUGAUCUGGUUCGUCCAGUGAAUCCGUCCUUGCAAUCAAAGCAACUUGUCCUCCACCACCACGUGCAAAGGAAGCCGCCGUCAUUGAGCGAGAACCAAAGGCUCUCGUAUCCUCAAUUCAUGCCUAGCCCUCCUCCGCACAACGAUUUCGUUCCUACGACCAUCGGUUUUUCCAUCUUCGAACGGAAAUUCGGAGAGCUUGCAAAAGAUGGAGUGGUCAAUAGAGAAGCAUAGUUUAAGUCUUGCUACUCAGGCUGUAGCGGCGAGAGGCAGAAUCGUGUCUACUAAAUGGCUGUCGUUGUUGUCGCAUUCGAGUCAUCUACUGUUCGUCGUCAUCUUGUGCUGUCUUCAUUAUCUCGUACUGCUACGGGUACACUAUACACUGCAAAUAAUCGUUAUUCGACAGUAUUGUACUGCUUUUCUGCGAUGUAUUGUUUAAAAUGACCUUUCUUUCUUCUGUUUUCCCGAUCGGUCACCGGUCACAAUCAGUCAGAGCACAGGUUCUCGAGGAUUUCUGUCUGUCGUUGAAUUUUGUUUGCCUACUGAUCGAAACACAUUUUCCGGUUUGGCGAUCUUGAGGCUUGUGAGCCUUCGCAUUACUGUUGAUGAUGGCCCCCUCAGAAUCAGCCAGUAGAUUGGUUGUGCGCAUGCGGAUAGAGAACAUCGUUU